UCCCUCCCUAUGACUGCUGGGAUUUGCUCCAGUCCAGCUUCCCCCGUGACCUAUAAUUGGAGUAAGUGGGUUUAGAAAAUGGAUGGAUGAUAUUUGAUACAUCAAUGAAAAAGGAAUUAUUGAUUGAAUUUGUAGAAAUGCACUGAUGGCAUUUUGCAUGAUGGGAGGUGACGAUGUGAGCUUUGCUUUCCAGUGACCUCUGUUUUCCAUGCAAAGUUUAUUCCUUAUUUCUUUAUGUCAGGGUCAAAGGUCAACAAGUAUAUCGUCCCUGUGCUUUUAUAUCGUAACGCUAUAAUUGGCCAGUAGAGGGCAGUAACACGCCAGUGCAGACAGCAGUUAAUCUCUCAGAGUAUAAUUUGUUUGUUGCCGUUUUACUGAAACACGUCACAAGAUACUAUUACGUAUUAAUUGUGUGGUUUACAUGAAAGUAUUUUUUUUUAUAUUAGGAAACAUUUUGUUUUAUUCUGGUGUUGAAAUUCCUUCAAUAUAAAAGCGUAAGCCUCAUCUAGCCCGGCCCGUCUUGGAGCUGUAGGGCUAUCGGUGUUUUAUUUUGAAGGCGCGGAACAUGAGAACCAUGACGACAGCAGUCAACAGAGAUGAGAGUUUGACAGACGGUCGAGUCGCUUCGUUCUGCGCGGACGAACCGGGACUGAGUGCGAAUCCGAGUGCGGCUCUUUCACCGAAACAUGUCGGGCGAAAAGACCUCCAGUCCCUGCGAUAAAUUCCAAGCCAAUCUUUUCAAUAAAAGUAAAUGCCAAAACUGCUUCAAAUCCCGCGAGCUUCAUCUUAUGAAGGACGGAAAGAACGAGCAGGCCAAACCCAUCUAUGGAGGCUGGCUGUGCUUGGCUCCCGAGGGGACCGAUUUUAGCAACCCGAUGCAGAGGUCAAGGAAAUGGCAGCGGCGUUUCUUUAUCCUCUUUGAAGAUGGUGGCCUGAGCUAUUCUCUUGAUGAACUGCCGACCACUCUGCCACAGGGGACAGUGAGCAUGAACCUGUGCACCGAGAUCACAGACGCUGAGCCCAGAACAGGACAGAGAAAUGCACUGUGCAUCGUCACACUGGACCAGGAAAUAUUCAUCAGAGGAGACAAUAAAGAGAUCAUCAGCGGGUGGAAUGAACAGCUUGCAGUCUUUCCACAAGCUUACAAGCACAAUCCAAAGAAAAAGCGCAAGGUGGAGCCCGUUUUGACCCAGGAACCCACACCAGCAAAGGUGGCUGCAGCAGAGUGCAACGUGUGGCAGGAAGAACGGCAAAACGGAGGGCUGGAUAUGACCCCUGUGUGGACUAUGGCAGACGCUGAUCCCACUGGUCUAACACAAACCCCUGCAGACACUCUGAUCUUGGACGGCUGUGGAAGCUUCAGUAACCUGCUGAGCCACUUGGACUCAGCUUCAGGUGGAAGCACUGAGCGUGGUGUUGCGAACGAUCCAGCUGAACCAGAGCCAAACAACAUCCAAACAUCAUCAAACUACAAGAACCAGAGUGAUGACGGGAGCCUUGACAUCACAACAGAGGGGCUGGUUGAUUUGGAAGCAUCUGACAAUAAACUGGACGGGGGAACAUCUGAUUGGAGGAAUGGCAGGCGUGAGGCUCGCCCCAGCAGAAGAGAGAAACUGCAGUCAUGUAGUGACUUAACCUGCCUUGCCGCCCCACUUCAUCAACAAAGAGCCAAAUCUCUGGACCGCAGGACUUCAGAUACCGCUAUGACGCCCGACUUACUCAAUGUCAAGAAAGGCUGGAUGGUCAAAUUGGAUAAGAAUGAGCAGUGGAAAAAAUAUUGGUUUGUGUUGUCAACUCACAGUCUGAGAUACUACAAGGAUUCUACAGCUGAGGAGGCUUCUGAUCUCGAGGGAGAAAUCAAUUUAACAAACUGCUACAGUGUUUCAGAGUUCCAAGUCCAGCGGAACUACGGUUUUAAGAUCCAUACUCCGGACGGUGACCACACCUUAUCAGCCAUGACUGCAGGGAUACGCAAGAACUGGAUCCAGGCCCUGAUGAAAAUCGUUCAUCCGGGUCGUGCCCCUGAUGUUGCCAGUUUACCUGGUUACCAAAUUCCUGAAGUUCUUCCCAAACCAGAUGUGACUCCAGAUUCUCCUCAUACUGAGGCCAAGUCAAAAAGAGGUCUCCACUGCACACCCAGUGUGAUGGAAAGAAAGCGGGAAGGACACUACAACACGUAUGACUGGGCAGAGUUCAGACCUCAGACAAAAAGGAGGCUUGGCACAGAUCCUGAGAUGACUAACAGACUGUGCUCUCUUGAGUUUGGUGACCUGGAACGAAUGAAAAGAAGGGAGGAGAGGAGGAGGCGGUAUGAGAGGAUGCUGGGCUUCUCUCUGGCUUGGGAGAUGAUCGGAGAUAACACAGUGCAUGACAUGCACAAAGUGCUGAGUCAGCAGAACUUGGAAGAAGAUAUAGAGCAGUGCUGGAAGCAGGUGGAGAAGGCGGCCUUCAGACUGGAAAGGACAGUCCCACUCUGUACUGUGAUCAAAGAAACUGAGAUGGAGAAGCUGCUGGACAGCUACAGGAAAAGGGUUGAAGAUCUAAAAGCACAGCUGGCAGAAUCGGACCAUCACAAACAAGAGCUGGAAGUUCAGUUGAGUACAGCAAGAUUUUCUCAGCAACAAGUCUGCUCAUCGCUUCUCCCCCCAUUAAGUUCUGAAGCAGGUCUUUGCUUACUGGGAACAAAACAAAAGCCACUAAAUGGCCAAAUUCAUCGUGUGGAUAACAAGCACAAAGAUACCGCUCAAUUGCUACAGCAACAGAACUUUGUUGAAGACCGUGUAGAGGAACUACUUAACCUUGGUCCACCUUCUCUGGAAUCUCGUCUUCCUGAGCUACAUGAUGUGCAGCACAGUGUGAAACGACUGGGGGAUCUGCUUCCUGGGGCUUCACCUGCUUUAGACUGCCAGCAGGUAUUGUCUCAGAGUGAAGAAGGAUCUGUUAGACUAAAGUUAAAUGGCACAGCACUAAACCAUCAGAAUCAGAUGAACGGAGAAGUUCAUCAGCAGUUUCCCAGGUUAGAAACACAAAUGACCAACAACCAGUUUAAUUCAUAUCCAUUCACUGAGAAGCCAUCAGAAGGAAAUGACAUCUCUGGAAACUAUUUUGACACUGCAAACUGUUUGGAGCGACACAUUCCUCCAGACCAGCUGAUUAUUAGGAGGCUUUCCCAAGAGGUAGAGCUGCUCACCAGCAAGAACCAAGCCCUCAACCAGCGAAACCAGGAAUUGUUAAAUCAACUUGCAGAAGCAGACCGAGAGAUUACAAGGAUGAAAUCAGAGCUCACUAGCAGGUACUUGGGGCCUCAUCACUUUGACAUAGAACAAAAAAGAGUAGAAGACCUCAAAAAGGAGCUGACCAUGAGGAGCCAGCAGCUGCUGGAGAACCAGAUGUUGCUUUCAACCCUGGAGGAACAGCUGCAGGACACAGAAGUGCUGCUCCAGCUGAGAGAGAGUAAACUGGAGGGUCUGGACUCCCCAGCAGAAUCAGAGGACAAAGAUGAAAAACAGCAGUGUGCUAAGAGUCCAGGAGUACAUCUUCUCCAGCAUAUCAACUCCAUCAAGCUUAUUGUGACAGAGUUGAAGAGGCGGCUUGACCAAUCCGAAGCGAAAUGCAAAGAGUUGCUGAUACAGAAUGCAAAGCUUGAGGAAUCAGAGGAACUUCACCUUCAAACAAUUACUAGGAUGGAGGCUGAACUCAGAAGGUUGACUGAAGAGCGAGAGAAUGAGAGGUUGAAAGAAGGGACAUGGUCUGUUUUAGGAGAAGAAAGGUUUCAGCAAGUGAUGGAGGGCAUGGUAAUGAGGUUCAGAGCUUUGAAGAAACUGUUAGAGAUGAUUGACAGGUUAGAUUUGGGUGUGAUGGAGAGAGCAACAGAAAGUGUGUGUGAAGAAAACAAACUUACAGCGCUCAGUCAGCUGAAGUGGGAAGAAAUGUUUUGGAGUUUGCUGCUCAGUGAGCUGAAGGCCAACCCCUGUCAGCUGAUUGAGGAGCUACCUGUAGAAGUGGUUCUUUGUGAUGUCACACAGCAUAUGAUGGCAGAGAAUCAAGUGCUGCUUUUAGGCCUUAGAGAUACAGGUUCAUGCCCAGGUGAGCGGAGGGAAAAUCUAGAGAAAGCAUGUGAAGGAAAGACUCAGAAAGAUGUAGAUAUUAAUUGGAAUCUUGCAAGUGUGAGUGCGUCAGAAGGCAGGGGGUUCGUGUUCAAUAACCAGCUACGUAAAAUGGAUAAAAGAGUAAUGGAACAUUUUGCAGUCAUCACAGAGAUGAAACUGUCUUUGUUCACCAACAUUGCCGCCUCUAUCAGCACUUCUGCUGACAGCAAACUCCACUCGAUGCCUGAGGGGCUUUUCUUCAAGCACCCGUGGGCCGGCUUUCUUCACUCGGCAGCGACAGAAGCCCUCUACUGCUGUCACAUAAGCAGACUACAGACAGCGUAUGAGCAGAAACGUGCAGAAGCCCAACAGAAACUGCUCACGUCUUCACUCCUCUGCAGCAACUGUGGCCACCUGAGGGACAACAACAUUGAGCUGAGGACCAGGUGGUCAGAUUUGAAACAGAUGCCCUGGUGUUGCCAGUCAGAGGAGCCUUCCCAACAGGACACAGACACCAGCCAAAGGAGAGCAGAAGAACGUGUCUCCGAAAAAACCGGGGAAGCAUAUUCAAAUAAAGACGAACUUGAAAAUACUGAGGUGAUUGUUGAGAGCGAGUCCCCUCUUAGCCGCGUGGAUGUCCAACAUUCAACUGAUGAGUCUCGAUGGAGAAUCCAGGAGGUGAUUAUGGAUGCAAACACGGAGAUGAGCGCUGCUUUCCACAAGGACACAGAAUGUGGAGGUCAGGAGAUGGAGAUGGAGCAGGUGGCUCUACUGAGAAGAAGAGUGCAGCAGCUGGAGGAGCAGCUGUUUGUCACAGCAGAUGAGAUGAAACUAGAGUCUGAUGGGAAAAUGACUUCUCUUCAGAUGCAGCAUGAGAAGGAAAUGGAAAAGCUGAAGGCCACGUGUGACCGUGGAUUUGCCUCCAUGGAAGGGUCUCAUCAAAAGGUGGUGGUGGAGUUGCAGUACCAACACAAACGGCAAAUAGAGCGCCUCCUGGUGGAGAGAGACAGACUGCUGCAGGAGGAGAGUGCUGCUACUGCAACCGCAAUUGAAGCGAUCAAGAACGCUCACCGGCUGGAGCUGGAAAGAGAAGUGCAAAGGAGAUAUCAGUCUGGGAACGCACACAAGGAGGACGUAGAUGCUCAGCACAGUGAGGAGUUGGCCUCAAGCCAGCGGGAGCUGCAGGUUUUGUCCGAGCAGUACUCCAUGAAGUGUUUGGAGAACGGUCACCUUAUUCAGGCUCUGGAUGCAGAGAGAAAAGCUUUGUGUCAGUGCCAACAGGAAAACAAGGGCCUGAGGACCAGAAACCAGGAGCUGAGUGGUCACCUGGCAGCAGAGAUCACCAGACUGUGCUCACUCGCCAAGCAGGAUGCCCUGCCGCUCAGUCAGGGGAUGGGUGUGUAUGAACUGGAGAUUACUCUGAGAGUGAAGGAGUCUGAAGUCCAAAGCUUGAAGCAGGAGAUCAUGUCUCUGAAGGACGAACUGCAGUCAGCACAGAGGGACAAGAGGACUGCCACCAAGAAGUACAAGGAUGCACACACGGAGCUGUCCAUCUUACGGGCCAAAACGGUCCGAGAGGUGGACGAGCUGAGGGAGAACCUGAGGCUAGCACGCCAGGCCCUGGUCCCCCCUUCACCAUAAAUACUCUCUUCACACUUCUCUCGCUUGCAGAGUGUAACACGUCAUACAGUCCACCUAGUAGGACCUGCAGAGCGUCUCCAACCUCCAUUCACACGUGUUCUCUUUCUAUCGUCUCACUUUUGGAGACAGGUUUGUUUACCAUCCAGGACAAACAUGGUGCCACACUGAGUGAUUUUGUGGUGACUGAUGGAGUCUGUAAGCUGUGCCUUAUUAAAUACUCUUAUAAAUAUCAUAAAAGUCACCGUCACUGUCUGUACAGUCUCUUGUUUUCUUGAAUUUUGAUGUUUCAUGAAACAUGUAGUUUUCAUUUCUCACAAACUUUCAACACACAUUCUCAUUAAAUGUUCUGUCAGUUCAAUUGUGAAAAGACUUAAUUUUGAAAGUAUGCUCACAAACUAAUUUAUAUUGUAC